UGAGACCCUCAUCGAGAUGUCUGCUGCCACCAACGGCGAAGAGACGAACGGGCCGCUGAUUGAAUUCAGCUCCAACGCAGAUUCUGAGCUGCCGGGGAACUCCGAGGUAGGUGGGCACCACCAGAGCAAGGACUCCGUCUUCUUCUGCGAUGGCGUGCGCAAAAUCGAUUUCAUCCUCUCCUACCUGGAGGACUCGGGGAAGGAUUCCGAGAAAAAAGCCGAGAGACGGAGAGAAUUCGAGAUUAACUUACAGAAGGCCGGCCUGGAGCUGGAGACCGAGGACAAAAAGGAAUCUGAAAACGGUAAAAUUUAUUACCUGAAGAUCCACGCCCCCUGGGAGAUCCUCACCACCUACGCGGAGGUGCUGAACAUCAAAGUGCCCAUCAAGGAGAACGACAUAGACCCGCCCAGAGAUCCCUUCAAUUGGAUGCUGAAGGUCUUCCGUCUGCCGGAGCACGUCAUGCACCCGGAGCCGGAUUAUUUCACGGCGCCCUUCAGCAAGCAGCGGCAAGAGCUCUUCCUCGUCCACGAAUAGAACUAUGAGGUGUAUUAUAUACUCUCUCGCUGCCCCUAUGGAAUGGCCGAGGAAAAGAGGAAAUUCGGGGUUAAGAAACUGUUAAGCAACGGCACUUACAGUUCCGCCUUCCCGCUCCACGAUUGUCAGUACUGGAAGAAGUCCGAGGAUGUGAAGUGUGCCAAUGAGAGGUUCAUGUUAUACGAACACUGGGCCAGGUUUGGCAAGUUCUACAAAGAGCAACCUCUGGACCUCAUCAGGAAGUAUUACGGGGAGAAGAUCGGCAUCUACUUUGCUUGGCUGGGUUACUAUACGGAAAUGCUGUUCUACGCUGCUAUUGUUGGGUUUUUCUGCUUCCUGUACGGCUGGAUAACAAUGGAUGACAGCAUCAGUAGUAAAGAAAUUUGUGAUAAAGACAUCGGAGGUCAGAUCAUUAUGUGUCCCCUGUGUGAUCAGCGGUGUGAAUUCUGGAGAUUAAAUUCCACCUGUGAACCGUCCCAGUACUCCCAUCUGUUCGACAAUGUGGCCACUCUGUUCUUUGCAAUAUUCAUGGGAAUAUGGGUGACUUUAUUCCUGGAAUUCUGGAAGCGGCGGCAGGCGCGGCUGGAAUACGAAUGGGAUUUGGUAGAUUUCGAAGAGGAACAGCAGCAACUACAGCUGCGUCCGGAGUAUGAAGCCAAAUGUACCCAUAAGAAGAAGAACCCGGUCACUCAGGAAAUGGAGCCUUUUUUGCCUUUAACUAGCAAGGCAGUACGGUUCUGCUUCUCAGGAACCACAGUGCUAUUCUGGAUCUUACUUAUCAUAGCCAGUAUGAUCGCCAUUAUAGUAUACCGGCUGGCGGUCUACGCCGCGUUCGCCAGCGUUAUGGAAAACAACCACUCGCUGCAGCCAAUUAGCGGACUGCUCACCCCUCAGCUGGCGACCUCGGUGACCGCGUCCUGCCUGAACUUUAUCAUCAUCAUGAUCCUCAACUUCCUGUACGAGCGGGUGGCCAUUUGGAUUACUGACAUGGAGGUCCCCAGGACGCAUCUGGAGUAUGAGAACCGACUCACCAUGAAGAUGUUCCUCUUCCAGUUCGUCAACUACUAUUCUUCUUGCUUCUACGUGGCCUUCUUCAAGGGCAAGUUUGUGGGCUUCCCCGGAGGGUACACCUACAUGUUCAACCAGUGGAGGAAUGAGGAGUGCGACCCGGCCGGCUGUCUCAUAGAACUGACCACGCAGCUCACCAUCGUGAUGGCUGGAAAGCAGAUCUGGGGGAACAUCCAAGAAGCUUUUGUGCCGUGGAUCUGGAACUGGUGGGGGCGUCGGAGGGCCAGGAACACCCCAGAGAACCUAUACAGCCGUUGGGAGCAGGACUUUGACCUGCAAAUCUUCGGACAGUUGGGUCUUUUCUAUGAAUACCUGGAAAUGGUGAUUCAGUUUGGCUUCAUCACCCUCUUUGUGGCCUCCUUCCCCUUGGCCCCUCUUCUGGCCCUUCUGAACAACAUCCUGGAGAUCCGCGUUGACGCCUGGAAGCUCACUACGCAGUUCAGAAGACCGUAUGCGGCGAAGGCGCACAGCAUUGGAGUGUGGCAGGAAAUCCUCAACGGAAUGGCCGUUCUGUCUGUCGUGACCAAUGCUUUCAUCGUUGCUUUCACCUCUGACAUGAUCCCGCGUCUGGUCUACUACUACGCCUAUUCCAAUAACGAGGCUGUCCCCAUGUCCGGCUACAUCAGCAGUAGCCUCGCCGAGUUCAAUGUUUCGGACUUUAAUGAGCAAAGCAUGCCGCUGGAGAACGUACUGAACGUCACCCUCUGCAGGUACCGAGAUUAUCGCUAUCCUCCGGAACACGAGAGGAGAUACGUGCACACCAUGCAAUUCUGGCACAUCCUGGCGGCUAAAAUGGCCUUUAUCAUCAUCAUGGAGCACGUUGUGUUCGUGGUCAAGUUCUUCGUGGCUUGGCUGAUUCCCGACGUCCCGUCCGAAGUGAAGGCCAGAGUCAAACGUGAGAAGUACCUGACGCAGAAGAUCCUCCACGAAUAUGAGCUCUGCAGGCUGAAGGAGAAGCUCAGCGACAGGAACAACUGUGCCGAGGUGGCCAAGGAUAUCAUGGCCUCAGAAGGGAAAGCCCAGCUCAGCUCGGCCAUGUAGCGGCGGCGGCACACCUACCCUCUAGAACACUGGACACUUUUGACGCCGUGUACAA